AACUGGUGGGCUGGCAGGACUGGAGAAUGGAUCUGAAGAUGUUCCUUGUCUUCACUGCAUUUCUGCUUCAUGCUGCCCUGGGCUUCCCUAUUCAGGACAGCUAUGAAAACAGCACUGCAACAACAGAGCCUACUGAGGUUACUACACAGGAGGAUGUAUAUGAAUCCCCAUCGCCUCCAGAGCCUGACUCCGAGGACCAAGUUAUUUUUAGCAGAAUUCUGGAAGUUAACAAGGACAGCUCUCAGUACUUGCUGGAAGGUGACAUAGCUCCACAAAGGAGUCGCAGUGCCUUCAACUGUCGCCACUGCAAAUGGCCCCAGUCCAGCGAUGGGAUUGUUCGUGUUCCCUAUGUCUUGGAUCCUGCUUAUGAGGAGAGCCACAUAAGAGGGAUUCAUGAGGCCAUGGCAGAAUUUGAAGCACUGACUUGUAUCAACUUUGUGAAGCGUGAGAAGGAACGUGACUACCUCAGCAUUAGAUCUGCAGAUGGCUGCUGGUCCAACUAUGGGAAAGUAGGAGGUGGACAGACUGUCUCUGUGAUGAAAGGAGGCUGCAUGUGGAAAGGAAUAAUUCAGCAUGAACUGGACCAUGCCCUGGGCUUCUUGCAUGAACAUUCUCGGAGUGACAGGGAUAAACAUGUAAAGAUCAUGUGGGAGUACAUCAGUCCACAUGACAGGCCAGACUUCAAGAAAUUUGAACACUCCAACAACCUGGGUCUUCCAUAUGAUUAUUCCUCAGUAAUGCACUACGGCCCAUACACUUUCACUAAUACCAGUGGGAAAGCAACUAUUAUACCAAUUCCUGAUGGAUCAGUCCAUAUUGGACAGAGGCAGGGACUGAGCAACUUGGACGUGGCCAAAAUCAACAAACUGUACAAUUGCAGUCGCUGCAGCACUAUUCUGGAUGCAGCAUCGGGCUCACUGAGAUCUGCCAACUACCCCAGAAAUUACUCAGACAACACCAGCUGUGUCUGGCUCAUCAGAACCAGAGCCAGAAAGAUUUCCCUGCACUUUCAAGCCUUUGAACUGCAGAAAACCAGAGGCUGUCAGGGUGACUAUGUUAAAGUCUAUGAUGGACCCAGCAAGUCUUCUGCAGUUCUAAUGGACAAGACCUGUGGGUCAAAGCUACCCAAUGACUUAUUUGCUUCCAGUAAUCAUAUGCUCAUAGAAUUUGUCACAGAUGGUGCUGAGACAGCUUCUGGUUUCCAAGCCAUCUUUUUUUCUGUGAGGACUCAAAGAAAACCUAGGAUGCACAACUGACUUGAUGAAGAAGAACCUAUUCUGUGAAUAUUGAAAUUAUGUUUUUCUUACUUUGCUCCUGUCCUGGCUCAGAUCAGUGUGAAAUAUAAUUCUAUUAAGAAUCAAAGUUUUUUCAUCUUCCUGAGAAAGUUUACUCCCCAAGCCUCAUGUAUGAAUUCUAUACAUUUGGCGUGCUCCUCCUUUUGUCUGCACAGUUAAGUUAUUACCUCUUUCUAUUUAACAAUUGAAUAAAAAGCUUCAU